CAGAGCCUGUCAAAUUGGGAACAUUUGACGGCAGCUCGGUUGUGAGGUGUAUUUAGCAUCAUGCCCAGUAUUUUUCGCAGUUUCUUGUCCGAUCGCUAUAAUGGCAAGCAGGAGCGAUUCUACGAGCGCUAUGAAGCUUUUUUUCAAGCCAUUCCCAACAUGCCACCGAUGCCAAGGCCAAAAACCAACCACCAUAUCAGGGCAGCCACAAAACCGGAACCCAAAAGCAACGUAAAGUACACCUAUUGUUAUGGUCGAAGUGAACUCAGCAGCGAUUGGCGGCAGGGCGACGACAUACCCAUUGUGGUCAGGAGGGAAAUGGAGGAGCGACUGGGCAUCCAACUGAUGAGUGUCCUUCCAAUUGCGGAGAGCUCUCUGGUCAGUCAUACCAUCUGGGAACUGAAAAUGCCAGGCGAAAGUUUCGGUUCGAUGCCUAGUGGCAUCAUUACGGUCUUGGCUGAGUCCACGCUAACCCGCUCGAAAUACAUGCGGAAAAGACCCAUUUUGGCCAAUGUGAAUGUGCCACCAAAUAUUACGGAACUACCACUUGCCCAGCCAAAUAAAGUGGCGGAAAGGAGGCGAUUCAAGCGGGUUGACGGGCCGUUCGAGUGCAGGGAUUGCAUUAAGAAGUUCGAUCAUUCCUGGAUGCUCACUGCCCACAUAAGGACCCACACCGGGGAAAGGCCCUUCGUGUGUCCUGAUGCAAAUUGCCAAAAAGCCUUUGCGGAUCGCUCCAACCUGCGCUCCCAUCAGCGAACAAUGGGCCACCACGAGUGGCAGCAUCAAUGUGGACAGUGUGGCAAGUACUUCAGUCAGCUUUGCUACUUGAAUCGACACUCGAUGAACGCUUGUCGCAAAUAUCUGAUGUCCGUGAUGCACAAGAGGUUCUAGCUUUGUAAUAUUAAAUGUAAUAAUGGGGUAUAUUACACAUGUUUAACAUUCUUUUUUCU